AUGUGUGCGGUUAACAGACGUCGUGUCCCUAAUAAUGGUAGUUUAUCAAAGUUUAUCGUUUCAAAUUCUUCACUGAGCCAAACAUUACCACCCAACAUUCUAUCGUUUAUUGCAACUCAUGUCGCCCGAAUGAACCAACGUACGUGUGUAUUAGUCUGUAAACAGUGGACGGAACCAUUUCUAAAUGCUUGUUGGGGUAAAAUAAGUGUCGAAAAGCUUAAAAUAAAGAGCAUGGUCGACACAUCCAAUCUUAAACGUGUUUACACAAUAAAUACCCAUCGUGUGUGGGCAUUGGAACUAGCCACUCUAAAUCCAGAAGACAUGGUAUAUCUUUCAUGGUUACAACAAGCGUAUCCUAAGCUGAAGUAUUUUGAAUGCAUGGAAACAAGAGGGCAAGACAGCUGGAUUACAGAAUCAAUUGAUUGGAGUCUUUGGAAGUCAUUGUCAUACUUGAGUAUACAUUUGGAUUAUAGUCAUGAGGACGAUACGGUGGAAAGCUUCUUCUUAAAACUCUCAGAAUUUUCGUCCCUUGUUCAUCUCACAAUCAGUCCAUCAUACGGUGACCGAAAGCUUGAUUAUAUCCUUGCGCCUAUCACAAAAGAUGACAUGGAGAUACUAUAUUUUUCGACACUUCAAAAUUUUGGCUCAACAUUAGAACACAUCGAGUUUUUUAAUGACGGGCGCUCCACAUACCUAGUUGAUGAUUUCAAAAGUUGCAUUCAACCUUUCUCAGAAACACUAAAAACCCUGUCGAUCAAGACAUUUGAUUAUCCUAAUUCCAAACCAAACACAUACAUUUUUAGCGUAUGUCCAGAACUAGUUGAACUAAGAAUUGUGUCUUUUAGUGUCUUGGUAGAAGUAGACUUCAUAUCAAAUCAAUUCUUUGCCUUGCGAUUAUUGCAUGUAAGCUCAUCUCCCGUAUCACUUACCACAUCCCCAAAGAACACCCCCGCCCCGCACUCUACAGAAAUUGGAAAUUCGUGGUUCAAAAUAUUCGACAUGUCCUUGUCACAACUGGAGGGAUUAAUACUUGACAACAUCAAAUCUGGGUAUAACAUUGUCAAGCACUAUAUCAUUGAGCAAAUGGAGGAUCCAGACGCUAGUUCAUCAGAUCAAAAUGGCGAGGGACAACCAGCACGGACAAGCUGGUAUCAUGUGUGCUUGGACGAAACAAACAAAAGAGAAAGGCACUUGGCCUGGGAGCUCGGGAAACACGAUAUCGAGUUUUCUAAGAGAUACUACGGAGAUUUCAAACGCAGAAGAUUGCGUGAAAAAGGACGGAAAGACUUGGAGCGAAAUAUUAAGGAGUUACAUACCAAAAAGAUUCUGGAAAAGGGAUCUUCAAAAUGGUGCUUUGCUACUUUGAUUUAA